CAAGUUCAAGCCUCGGCCUGCGGUUUUUGUGGCUUAAUUUUGUUUUCAUUCAUUCCGCUUCAGCUUUCGGCCUGAGCUCGUCUCGCUUUCAGUUGACAACGCAACGUUCAUGAUGUCUCAUACGCUGCGCCAGAAUCUGCUGCUGCCAACUGUGACGCUGCACGACCCACGCACGCACCUGCGCCGCCUGCCGCCCGCCUACAGCCCCGCCCAGACGCCGUACAGCCGGGAGAAGGACUUCGCACCACAGCUGCGCUACCAGCUGGAGCUGCCUAUUAAACCGAAGCUGAGGCCCUGCAAGGUCAUCUUUGUGGGCGACUGCGCUGUGGGCAAAACGGCCAUGGUGAAUCGUUUCUGCUAUGAUAAAUUUCAGUCCAACUAUAAAGCCACAAUUGGCGUUGACUUCGAGCUGGAGAACUUUAGCAUACUGGGUCACAAUUUCAGCCUGGAAAUGUGGGACACGGCUGGUCAGGAGCGUUUCAAGUGCAUUGCGGGCGCCUACUAUCGCAAUGCCAGUGUUAUUGUAGCCGCCUAUGACAUGUCCAAGCGAGAAUCACUGGAGGCAGCUAAGAAAUGGCUAUCGAGCGCUCUGAAUUACAACACGGCACAGAAACCUUUGGUAUUUCUGGUGGGCACAAAGGCAGAUCUAUUGACCAAAGAAGAGUUCAUGAGAAUGGAGCGCAUCGCAGGAGUCGCCGCUGCGGAUCUGAAGGCGGAAUUUUGGUCCGUAUCGGCGCGUUCUGGUUACAAAAUCACAGAGUUCUUUCAACGUUUGGCUGCUUUGGCUUUCGAAGCAGCCGUGCAGCAACAAUUGAAAGCACUGCAAGCCACAGCAACGGAGCAGACAACACAAACACAGGAAAAGUCGCACAAAUUUGAUUUACGUAAUUUCUUUGGUAGUCGCUCUGACAAACAAAAAAGUGGCUGUGCCUGCUAACAAACUUGCACUAAUUUUAUUUAACUACAAUAAACAAGCUUUUACACAAAUAUUCGUAGAAAAUUAUAA